UUCCUUUUCCUCUUUUGUCAUUCCUUGAGUUGAGAGCAAACUAAGUGUCUUCAGAACAAGGGUACGGGACACGAAAGAAACAAAACCUGCUACUUUGAACCUCAAAUACUUGUAUUUAUUUGUUCCUGUUGAGCGAGACCCGAGGAAGCGUUGAGGUUAUCGAAUGGAAAUGAUCCAUUGAGUCUGUUGUGCCAGUAUGGACAUCACUGUCUCAGUGAUGUUUGGGUUCUGAUUCAGGCCGUUGAAUUCGAGGUAAAGAAGACAUCGCCAGCUUGCGUUGUAGCAAUGCUAAAGUGACGCCAGCGUUGUAUCUAGAAGUGCUCAAGACCUUUAAGUUCUGUAACCAUCUAGUGCCACAUUCAAAGAAUCAACCAAUUCCAGCGAAGCUGACCAUGAGGGCGAAGAGUUUAUUGGCAUUGCAAUGCCUGUUGGGACUUGUGCACUAUAGCUUAGCGUUGUCAACGUGCAGUUCUUUAGACCUGGAACUAAUAAAGAGAAAACGCAUCGAAGCCAUUCGGGGACAGAUUCUCAGCAAGCUACGACUGUCGAAGGAACCAGAAGUAGAUGAGGUAGAGGAGAUAGACAAGAUCCCAGCAGAGCUCGUCUCGGUGUACAACAGCACUGUGGAGCUAAAUGAGGAGCUGGCAGUGACUCCUGUACACCAGCCUGUAGAUGAUCUUACGGAGGAGGAAUACUACGCUAAAGAGGUUCAUAAGUUCACCAUGAAUCCAAUGGAGGAAAACCCGGACAAGUUCUUAUGGUUCAACAUCACAGAUGUUAACCACAAACUGGGUUUAAACCGCACAAUCUCCCAAGUGGAGCUCCGUCUGCAAAUCAGUCACACUUCAAUGGCUCCUGAUUCAGAGGAGAGACUGGAGCUGUAUCAGGUCACCGCGAACAAAUCACGCUACCUGGAAUCACAUUUCGUUUCUACACAAAUGACUGGCAAGUGGCUGUCAUUUGAUGUCACACAGACCUUGAAGGACUGGCUUAAGAGGAAUGAGGCAGUGCAAGGAUUUCAACUGAAGUUGGCUGAUAAUUGUGAGCCUCAGAAGCAAUUUCCAUUUAGAAUAAAAGGUUUGUUUCGUACAAGAGGUGAUACAAAAAUCAUAGCAAAUAAUAUGCCAAGGCCUCACAUCUUGGUAAUGUCACUUCAUCUUGAUGGCCACAGCUCGCCAAAAUCUCGCAGAAAACGUCAAACGGAAACAGAUGGAGUUUGUACCGACAAGUCCGAGGGCUGCUGUGUGCGGAGCCUGUACAUUAACUUCCGCACAGACCUGGGCUGGAAGUGGAUACAUGAACCUUCUGGUUAUUAUGCCAACUAUUGCACUGGGUCUUGCUCUUACGUCUGGACUUCAGAAAAUAAGUACUCGCAGGUUCUUGCGCUGUAUAGGCAUCACAAUCCCGGUGCGUCUGCUCAGCCUUGCUGUGUACCGCAGGUUCUAGACCCACUGCCCAUCCUUUACUAUGUGGGCCGCCAACACAAGGUAGAACAGCUCUCAAAUAUGAUUGUGAAGACCUGCAAGUGUUGCUAAAAGCUCUGCUUGGUCCUGAUGAGCAAAAACAAGAGAAGAACGUCUUGAGGCAAUUUUAACCCAGUACUUCUUGAGGGGAACUAUUUUAUUCCUUUUUUUUUUGGUCAACCUGUCCUUUUCAUGUUACUUGACUCCACUGUACCACACUCGGAUGCACUGGUUGUUUUAUACUGUUGUACAUUUGUGUUGUGAAUAACACUCUUCAACUGCUGUACAUUUAGUCAUAAAAGUGGUCAUAUUCAUUGUUUGACAUAAAGGUGCCCAAAGUGUUUACUACCAAUUAUCAGAAAAUCAAAUUGCGACUUAAAACGUUCAUUGCAGUUCAUGUGUAGAUCAUUCCGUCUCUUUCAUCAGAAACUACUGAAAAUGCAUAUAAAAACCAUUGGACAUAUGUUUACUGUACAUAAUGUAUUAAGUGUAAUAUUACAAUUGUACUUCUAGGUCACCGAGCAUUGUUUACUUAUUUUUAAAUACAUCCUCAUUUGUUACAGGUGUUCAGGAAAGACAAUUUCCUGCCAGCUAUUUUGUUGUGGCUUCAGAGCUAGCAAGGCUUCUUCUUGUUUGUUUUUAUAAAGGAUGUGAAUUAAAAGUUUAUACACUGCA